GCCCGCGUGGAGCCCCGGCCUGGCCGCCUGCCCGCCGCGCUCUGUGACGCCCGCCGCGAAGGCCGCACGAGGCCCGGCGUGCGCCCCCGCCUCUCCCGAAGCGCCGGGCCCCGCGCCGCCCCUCCUUUCCCUUUCCGCUCUCUCCGCCUCCGGAAGCGCGGGCGCGCGGCGCCGGGAGCCCGUUCAGGGCCGCAGGAGUGCGCCAGCCCCGCGCGUGGGGCUGUGGUGGUCGCGGGUCUCAGGAUCUCACUCUGUUGCCUAGGCUGAGGUGCAGUGGCCAGAUCUCGGCUCACUGCAGCCUCAGCUCCCAGGUUCCAGCGAUUCUUCCACCUCAGCCUCCGAAGUAGCUGGGACUACAGAGUCUUGCUGCCUCGCCCAGGCUGAAAUGCACUGGCAUAAUCUUCGCUCACUGCAGCCUCCACCUCCCGGGUUCAAAUGUAUUUUUGCCAUCAUGGAUCAGUAUGCAGAUAUAUUAGAAGGUGAAGUGGACCAUUCUUUCUUUGACAGUGACUUUGAAGAAGGAAAGAAAUGUGAAACUAACUCAGUUUUUGACAAGCAAAAUGAGGACCCAAAGGAAAGAAUAGAUAAAGAUACAAAAAAUGUAAACUCGAACACUGGAAUGCAAACAACAGAAAAUUACCUUACUGAGAAGGGAAAUGAAAGAAACGUGAAGUUUCCCCCAGAACACCCUGUAGAGAAUGAUGUUACACAAACUGUAAGUUCUUUCUCAUUGCCAGCCUCUUCAAAAUCAAAAAAAUUGUACGAUGUUACAACAGGACUUAAAAUACAUGUGUCCAUUCCAAAUAGAAUUCCCAAAAUUGUAAAAGAAGGUGAAGAUGAUUACUACACAGAUGGAGAGGAAAGCAGUGAUGAUGGGAAGAAAUACCAGGCAAAGUCCAAGUCCGCUAAACCAUCUACUAACGUUAAAAAAAGCAUAAGGAAAAAGUAUUGCAAAGUUAGCUCCUCUUCCUCCUCCUCUUUAUCUUCCUCACCUUCAGGUUCAGGUACAGAUCGUUUAGAUGCAGGGUCUGAUAGCCAUCUACCUGAUUCGUCUCCAUCAUCCAAGAAACAUGUAUCUGGUAUAACCCUCCUGUCACCAAAACAGAAGUAUAAAUCAGGAAUAAAAUCGACAGAAACCCAGCCUUCAAGUACUACACCAAAAUGUGGCCACUACCCUGAGGAGUCUGAAGAUACUGUGACCGACGUAAGUCCCUUAUCAACUCCAGACAUUAGCCCUCUUCAGUCUUUUGAACUGGGCAUAGCAAAUGAUCAAAAAGUGAAAGUUAAAAAGCAAGAAAAUGUAAGCCAAGAAAUAUAUGAAGAUGUUGAGGAUUUGAAAAAUGAUUCAAAAUAUUUGAAAGCAGCCAAAAAAGGGAAAGAAAAACAGGAGCCUGAUCCCUCCUCAAAGGUGUCUUCAGUGUUAGACUCCAGUUUAGACCACAGACAUAAACAGAAAGUCUUACAUGACACAAUGGAUCUGAAUCAUCUCUUGAAAGCUUUUCUGCAAUUAGAUAAAAAAGGACUACAAAAACAUCACUUUGAUCAGCCUUCAGUAGCACCCGGGAAAAACUACUCUUUCACAAGAGAAGAGGUGAGACAGAUCGAUCGGGAAAAUCAGAGGCUUUUGAAAGAACUGUCAAGACAGGCAGAAAAGCCAGGAAGCAAAAGUACAAUUCCUAGAUCGGCUGAUCAUCCCCCAAAGUUAUAUCACAGUGCUGUCAACAGACAGAAGGAACAGCAAAGGAUUGAGAGAGAAAACUUGGCUUUAUUGAAAAGGCUUGAGGCUGUGAAACCAACAGUUGGUAUGAAACGCUCAGAACAACUGAUGGACUAUCAUCGCAAUAUGGGCUAUCUCAACUCAUCACCAUUGUCAAGACGAUCCAGAUCUGCUCUUGGCCAAUAUAGCCCAUUAAGAGGAGCUUCCAGGACAUCCAGUGCUACGAGUGGUCUCAGUUAUAGGAGUGAGCGAUCAGCUGUUGACCCCUCCAGUGGCCACCCUCAGAGAAGACCUAAACCCCCUAAUGUCCGUACAGCUUGGUUAUAAAACACUUUUUUUACUUUCAACAUUGUUCACACAACUUUCCUUGAAGUGCUCGUGCAUAUUACUAUAAUUCUCUGUGUAAACAUCCAGAAUACCGUGUUAGCAAUUUAAGGUGUACAACGGUGAGUUGUAAUGUAUUGUUAUUCAGUGCAAAAUUAUUGUCAAAAAACGAUUUAAUGUAAAAAGUGUUUCCUGAGGAUGUAUUUAUAUAUGUAUGUGUUCUUAAUAGAGAAAUAGUGGUAUGCAUGUGUAUCUUCUAAUUAUAGAAGUUGAUUCAGUUGUCAUGCUGUCAAAAUAGUAGUGAUAGCAUCAUUGCAUGUUGUACCCAAGAUGGUCACUAUAUAGUUUUCAAUUUGUGUUAUUUUCAUUUCUUUAUAAGCAUUAUACCAUGAGGUUAGCUCCUAAA